AUGAGAUUUCUGGGUUGUGCACUGCUGUUGCUUACAGCAGCGGCUUUGGCCAGCGCAGCAGUUGGACGCAGCGAGGAUGAUGAGGCAUCGCCGCAGAGGUACCGCCUGUUCAAGCGCAGCGCCGCUGCCGAGGGCAGAACCCUGUCGCAGCUGCUGUCGCUGAAGGGCGGCAACUGUCCGCCAGCGACAUCUACAACCACAAUAACGCCCACACCCACGACCACCACAGGCACCUCGACCACGACAACAACUCCAUCGGCCACCUCAUCAUCGCCAUCGCCAUCAUCGCCGGCGACAUCGGCUCGUGGCUACAACGACGACGACGAGGAACUCGCUGAUGAGCAGGACGUGGACGUCGACGAUGAUGACUAUGAUCUGGAUCGCCUGCACGCCGACGAUGAUGAGUUGACCGCCUUUGAACUCAACAGCCUGACGCGCCGUGGCAGCAGCCGCCCAGUGAUGGCCAGCAACCAGUUGUCCGACAGCACUCGCCUGCAAGCCUACGAGCUGCGCCGUCAGGCGGAGCAGAACAAGCUACUGCGCCAGCGCAUCCAGUUCCUGCGCCGCCAGACCGCCCAGAAUCGCCGUCGCGCCCAACGCGCCCGCAAGCAGCAGCGCCGCCGCAACAAGAACAAUCGCCGCCGCUUGAGCCGCAGGAAUCGCCGCAAUCGCCGUCGCGCCAACACUCGCAAUCGCAUUGCCAGACGCCGCCAGAGAAGGAACCGUCGUCGCAAUUAG